AAUAUCCACACAUGGUCUUUAGUUCAUAGUUCAUAUCAUUAGUUUAUUGCAUUUGAAAGGUCUCACCAGAACCCAUGAUUAUUGCCUAUAAUUACCUUAUAAUAUUGACUAUCACUCAGUCAAUAUGAAUUACCUCUCUUAACAAGGUCACAAAUAAUUUAGGCUAAUAUUUCCCCUUUGACUUGUUGACAUAGUUUCCAUCUCUUACUAAGAAGUUGAGAGUUCCUGAUCUGUGAAUGGUUGUCUUUACUCGGUGUAUUUACUCAGUCAAACCUAUGACCGAGAAGCUAAAGGAAAAUAAACACAAUUGUCUGUCCGACUGUUGCCACGUUCAUGUGCUAUUCGAAAAUACAAAACUAGGAAAUGUCCGACUUGUUAAUAGGUUGAACGCGCGGCACGUAUAUAUGUACAACAGGUUAGCAAGUCGUACAUUUCCGAGUUUCGUAGUUUCCGACGAGUACUUGAACGCGGCACGUAUCCACACCCCUGUUACUUGUUCUACAUUUCUGCUUGGAGGAAGUGGCCCCUUUCCUCACCCUGUCGCUCUUUACCGCGGGGAUACAAAAUUACUAACAAACUAUUCUGUUGUGUGAAAAUUAGGCAAUUGUCGUCCUAGAAAAUUGAGAAAUCGUCUCUGCAGAAUAGCACGUACGUUGUAACAACAUAGUUGUAAGAAGAUACGCCAGAGUGGAUCGUUUUGAGCUGGAGUAGCCUCGUCUGCUUUGUUUACGUUGGGAUUGUUUUGAUGCGGGGUGUUUUCACGGUGACGUUUUUGCGUGGAAAACGACUGUAAAUCCUGCAACGAUGGCAAUGCAGGCCCAGGUGAUAUAUGACUUCAGUGCUGAACCAGGAAAUAACGAGUUGACAGUCAGAGAAGGAGAGACUGUCACCGUCCUCAAUCAGAAUGUUGGUGGAGGAUGGAUAGAGGCUCAGAACUCCAGAGGAGAAAGUGGGCUGGUGCCAGAAGACUACUUACAGGUUGGUGCGGUGUCAUCCACAACACCAGAGACAACUACCUAUCCGGAUGCCUACAGCCCCGAGUCCAGCAACAGCACAAACACUCAGGUUGCUAACGGUGACAACCCUUGGUCUGGGGGAGGAGCUUACACCAACAAGACAGCCGGGGGAUGGGACACCCAGGGAUACGCGCAGACUCAACAGAAUGCAGGUGAUGAUGACGAUGAUGGUGAGUGGGAUGAAGAGUGGGAUGAUGCCAGAUCAACAGGGGGUUAUGGAGAAACUACAGGGGAGGAGGAAGGAGAGGCGACAGGCCGCAACACACACACACACAUGAAGAUAUCCCUCAACAAGUUUGCGUUCUCUAAGAUCCCCAACCCAGAGGUGUACCUCCUGGCUAAACUACCACCCAAAGGCAAAGACAGACUGGCCAUCUAUAUGGGAGAUGUGGGGCCAGUGUGGCUGUAUCCCCAGUCUCCUCUUGACUGUGUCGUGGCUGAUCCUAAAAAGGGCUCUAAGAUGUAUGGGCUGAAGAGUUACAUAGAAUAUCAGGUCACACCCAACACGACCAACAGACCUGUCAAUCACAGGUAUAAGCAUUUUGAUUGGCUGUAUGAGCGCCUGUUGGAGAAGUUUGGUUCCGCCAUCCCCAUCCCCUCGCUGCCUGACAAACAAGUCACAGGUCGUUUUGAGGAGGAGUUUAUCAAGAUGAGGAUGGAGAGACUGCAGGGCUGGAUGUGUCGUAUGUGUCGUCAUCCUGUCGUCUCCAACAGUGACGUCUUCCAGCUCUUCCUCACAUACAGAGACGAGAAGGAGUGGAAGACCGGGAAGAGGAGAGCAGAGAAGGAUGAGUGUGUUGGACCAAUGGUCUUCUCCACCAUCGACCCUGAAGCUCCUGAGUUAGACAUAAUAGAAGUGGAGCAGAAGUGUGAGUUGUUCAGUAGGUUCACUAAAGAGAUGGAUGAUGGAGUUAAAGACCUGCUGAACGUUGGGAACAUACACUGGAAACGCUGCACAGGCCCUCUGCGUAAGGAGUACCAGAAGAUUGGGAAAGCCUUUCAGAACCUGUCAUCUGUCUUCAACACCAGUGGCUAUACAGGAGAGGCCACACUCACAGAUGCUCUCACAGCUGCAGGGAAAACAUACGAGGAGAUCUCACAGAUCGUAGCUGAGCAGCCCAGAAAAGACCUUCACUUCCUGAUGGAAACCAACAACGAAUACAAAGGGCUGCUAGGCUGCUUCCCUGAUACUAUCGGAGUACACAGGGCGGCUAUAGAGAAGGUGAGGGAAGGGGACAAGAUGGUGGCAGCAGGGAAGAUCACCACACAGGAUAAAGGGACCAUGGCCAAACGCAUCAGCAUCAUGUGCUACUCACUACAAGCUGAGAUGAACCACUUCCAUAGCAACCGUAUCUAUGACUACAACAGAGUCAUGCAGCUCUACCUGGAAGAACAGAUCAGGUUCUAUGAAACGAUUGCUGAGAAGCUGAAGCAAACCCUGGGCCAGUUUACCACCCUGUAAAGGGAAACAAACACACAAACCUUAUUCUUCUCCUUUCUGCUUCGUGGGACCAACAACCUUAAACAGGAUGGACUGGUGUCUGGAUGAUGUAGUUGGAAGACAGUAUCACCCUGUGCCUUUUAACUACACAAGGAGUUAAACAUAACGAUGUUAUAUUUUAAUAUCACAAUGCAGAACAAUAUGUUAAAUGUUGUUUCAUAACCCUCUAAUUAUAUCUCUUUUAUUUAUAAUAUAGAUAUAUGAAAUGGU